UCAACCAACACCACUUGAUUUAGAAUGCUACCCUCAUCCUUCAUGAACCACAUUUCGGUCCCUUCUCUCUACAGAUUGGCUAGGUUCGAGCGGAACUUGAAACUCAUCAGUCCUUUGACCAUGAAGGUAACUCAUCAACCUGCUUCAUGUCGUACGUUCUUUGGAAUUGGUGAAGUAAUCGGCAUUCUGGCAAACCCGGGCGAAACUCUCAGAUCUCUGGCAGAUUCUAAACGACUUUUAGAAGAAACUCGAGCAGAGAUGUUGGAGCAACAGGAGAGGGCUCAGAUCCCUCCCAAGCAUACCUUUUCACCACUGCCUGGAUUUUACCACCGAGAAAAGGAAAUCAAGGCUCUAGAAACUUGUUUGAGCUCUGUUCCGGCACAAUUUCACCGUCAUCUUUGGCGGGACGAGCGUAGGCAAAACGGCCCUUCUUAGACAAGUUCUCACUCACGAGAGGUAUCAUGUGAUUCACUUCGAUCUCAGGAUCGCAGGUUUUGCGGAUUUACCAUCCUUGUUUUUUUCACUAUCAGCUCAAAUGGAGCAAUUCUUUGUGAACCUCGCAAGUCGGCUUGAAGGCUAUGACACAUUUGAGACCGAGGCUUUGGCUUUCAAACACACUAGAUUAGACGUCGAGAGAAAAAUAGAAAAGACGGGGGCAAAAGUGAAGACAUCAGAUAUUGCUCACUUGUUGGAACUGUUU